AUGGAGGAAACUGCCGUCGCCACUGCCACCGCCACCGCCACCGCCACCGCCACCGAAACCCUAACAACUUCACCACUUCAUGCAUCGCCAUUACCAACUCUUCCGUUUGAACUUGUUGUUGAAAUUCUGUAUCGUUUGCCGGUGAAGCUUCUCGUUCAACUUCGAUGUCUAUGUAAGUCCUUAAAUACCCUAAUUUCUGAUCCCAAAUUCAUCAGGAAACAUCUUAGCAUGUCAACCGACUGCCACCGCCUCCUUUUGUUUUCCGGAGUUGAUUCCCAUGUACUGUCUUACCCACUUCACUCCAGUUUCAGCGUUAUCGCCGAUAACGCCACCCGACACGUUUAUCCUUUUACUUUCAAAGAACAAUUUCAUUAUAUCUUCGGCUCUUGCCAUGGAAUGUUUUGUUUGGAGGUAAACGGCUCUGUUAUUUUGUGGAACCCGUCCAUUCAAAAAUUCAAAGCAUUACCUUAUUUAGGUGGUUAUCCUUCAUAUGGUUUUGGAUUUGAUGCUUUAAGUGAUAAUUAUAAGGUGGUUUCUAUUCUUCGCAAUAUGAUUCCAGGUAGUAAUGGAAAUCAUGAAGCUAAAAUAAAGGUUCUUACAUUGGGUACUAAUUCUUGGAGAAUGAUUCCAGGCGAGUUUCCUGUGCCGAACACUAGAACACUGAAAUUAGCUAGUGGCACACUCAACUGGUUUGCAUCUAAUGAUUCUAGCAUUGUUUCUUUUGAUUUGGUGAAUGAGUCGUGUCAAAAACUUUUGCUUCCUAAGUAUGGAGGGGAGGAGGUAGAUAAGGUGAUCUUAGAUGUCUUGAGGGAUUGUUUGUGUAUCUUUGCUCAUAGUAACACAUAUUCUAGUGUUUGGAUGAUGAAGGAAUAUGGAAAUGCAGAAUCUUGGACACAAUUGUUUCGCGUUCCUCGCAUGGAAGAUCCUUUCUACGAUCGAUAUACCACACCAAUCUGGAUCUCUGAUGAUGACCUGGUGCUGAUGAAGAAGGAAUGUAUGUCAUUGUCAUCAUGGAUAAUGAAUUUGGCCCUAUGUGAUUUCAAAAAUGGUGCCUUUAAGAUUCAAAUGAUUCAAAAUAUCAACGAUUGGAUUACCCCUCAAGUCUACAUUGAGAGUUUGUUAUCACCUUGUUUCUAA